CCCGCUAAAUUCCGAGAAGCGGCGGAAGGGGAUGCUAAUGGCCCAACGGUAGAAGGUUCUGGCAGACCGUUGACGAGUCCAGCCCGCAAGAAAAGAAAAGGACCCCCGUCCAACAAGAUCCAACUUUGAUUUUGUCACAGGGGAAACCUGUUUGCCUGUUUCUGUCUAAAUGCUGUAGAACUAACAGUAACGCAUAUCAGACACUUGAGCGUGUAGGCCGGCCCUGGCUGUGUGCUUGAGUUCAGGCUUGGUUGUGCCUGGCACGACUCUCCACUCUCCCGGGGACUGUCCCAUGGCAUCGCCCAAAGACAUUUUAUCUUCCCCAGAUAAGCAGGCUAGCCCGAGUCUCCCAGAACUGAUUCCGCCUCAACCCAAUCCUGUACGGACCAACACUGUUGUGGCAGGGAACCCUUUUGACGACCAGCCCCCAAGUCUCACACCAUUAGUAGGAACCAUGCAGCAGACGAUGCCACCUAACAAAGCCCCUCACCAGUCUCCGACCGCCCACCCUAAUGCCGGUAAAGUCUACCCGCCUAACCAGCCCAUGGUGUUCAAUGCCUCCAACCCUAACGCUCCGCCAAUCAACCCUUGUGGGACCUGCCAUAAGGAGGUUCAUGAGAAUGACCAGGCCAUCUUCUGCGAGAGUGGCUGUAACUUCUGGUUCCAUCGCAUGUGCACUGGCCUGACGGAGAUGGCGUACACUAUGCUAACAGCUGAGGUCUACGCCGAGUGGGUCUGUGACAAAUGUCUCCUGUCAAAGAACAUCCCACUGGUCAAAAUGAAGCCAUGACAGCAGGUAGCCAGUCUCUUAAAUGACUUUUAACACAGACUGACUGGUGAUCAAGGUAUGUGGCCAGAGUUCUCGGACUGUUCGAAGCAUCAGGAAGACGAUGACAUAUGUAUUUUGUCUUUGUGUGCUGUGAAAUACCGUACUUCACCUAAAGUUUGGUGAGUCAAAAUGAACUUUAGUUGCGCAUAAAGGUCUUAAAAUGACACCAACACUUAAGUCUGUCUGAUUAGAAAUUAAUGAAACUGCACAAAAGGCAUUUAAGUGACUGUAUAGGGUGGAUUAAUCUAUCAGAAUUAAACAAAAUAUGCUACUAUAACAAAGCUAAACUUAAGGUGAAAUACAAUAAGUGUUUUUUUGUUUUUCUGAGAAAUGGAUUCUCCUUGUCCAACUGCAUUGCUUUGUAGAGUUGUAAAAUAUCUAUGUCAACAUGGCCAUUUUGUUUUAAAGUUGCCAAAGUACAUCUUUGUAUGAUCAGGGCCAAUUUCACAUAGCCAGUUUUGACAAAGUCAAAAUUUGAAAUAUGAUUUUAGAGCCUAAUUUUUAGCCCUGUUAAUUAAAAUGUGGACCCCUCCCCCUCCAUGUUAUCCUUAAAAAAAUGUGUCAAGAUCCAUAACCAAAAUCCAAGGAUUGGGAUCACUUUUGACAUAAGUCAGAAGUGUCCAUGUGGAAUUGGACCCUCAGUCCUAUUUUAGCUGGACUAAGGACAGGGCCACAGUCUGUUUUACCCCUUCAACAGAAAUCACCAAGAGGACUUUGUGUUGGCUCUGUUUACUCUUGAUUGUAGUUGACAAAUUUAGAUAUAUAUGAUUGUAUGUUUUAGUGUUAAUUAUCAGAAUAUAUUGGUGUAGAAGUUUAGUCCUAUUAGGUGCUGUAUGUACAUGGAACCAUUUCUCAAAACCCAGACACUCAGAUUUGUCUCCUCUGGCCAAACCAUGUGAUCAGAAAAGGUAGAGAAUGUGCAACCAGAAUUCUGUGUUAACCAGAAUGUACAUGUAUCUGUCUAUGAAUACAGUUUGAAGCUCCCAUUAACAUCCUUUGAAAGACACCUUAAAUAAUGAACAAUUAUAGCAAAAAUUCGUGUGAAAUCGUCAUGAUUUAUAGUAGGAUAUCAUUAUUGAUUGGACAUUUCACAUUUUAAACGUGUACAUAAGGACAAAUUUAAAGUGAUCUUUUAACAGGGGUUUGCCUAAACAUGGUGAGAAGUGCUGGCUGGCCUUUAAAUGCAGGCUUUCUUGGGGUACAUUUGGAUCCCAUCAGCAGUAAACCACUAGCAAUGCUCUAAGUUGCAACUCUUACAAGAUAUGUUGUGUUCAUGUUUUCUGGAAAACUAUGAACAUCAACUCGAAUCACUUCUGAGAUAAACAUAAAUUCAUCUGAUGAUCGUCUAAUCAGUAAAACACUACUAAGUUCUCUUACAAGAAAUGUUGCGUUUAUGUUUUCACUUCUGAAGUAAACAUUAAUUCAGCCAUUUUUUGUCGUCGUAUAAUCACUGUUUAAUAUUUAAGAAGAUUCAUUCAGAUUAAAGCGUAAUGGGCAGCCAUUUAUAAAAUGUACAUAACUCUGAGGUGGGAUUCAAAUAAAAAUCCAGAGGAAAUACAAUUACAGUGUACCUGUGAAUAUUACCACUUUUUAUCCGUUUUUGUUUGUUUGUUUUUCAUAUAUAUUAUUUUUAUUUUAGAUGACACCGCAAAAAGAUUGACUUUUAUAGGUUAGUUAUAGAUUAAUCAUGAAAAGUUUUUCAGAAUGACAAAAUAUAUCUGUCUCUUUAAUUCUAGCCUUAAAAAUAUAUUUAUAAAAAGGUUGUGUGAAAACAUACUUUUUGUUUUACUGUAAACGACAAACACUGAAGUCUGCAUCUGUUUUUUUUUUCUUUAUUAAAAAUUUACUCUCAAUUUAAGCAGUAUUUUUGUAGUGUCCACUGCAGAUUUGCAGUAGCUGCUGUCACACAUAAUGACCUCAAUAUCCUGACUGGGUCAGUCAUACCAAAGACAUUAAAAAGGGUACUUGUUGCCACACUUGGUGCUCAGCACUGGAAGGUUAAAGCAAGGAAACAGGACUGGUUGGCUCGGUGUCAGUAUAAUGUGGCCGGGUGGGGUGUCAUGUCUAGUGUCUGCAGCACAAUACUCUAGUGACGGCAGCACUGUCUCGCUCUGCCACAAGAAGACACGGUAUAUGUACAUGUACACAGACCUAAUGAGUCCUCCUUGUCAUGUGACUGAAAUAUUGUUAAGUACAAUGUAAAACCCAAGUGUACAGACACACAUGUAUAUUCCAUACCCUGGGGCACAGAUAUGGGUAUGGUCACCUGUUGUGGCUUGUCACCAUGCCAACUGUUCAUGAAGUAACAGCAGGUGAAAGUGAAAGCGAAACUGACAGCUCAGAUGACAUGUUGAUCAGACUAUCCAGCUUGUUGGUUCUCAUUAGCGGACGUUAGCUGACAUCUCUGUGGUAUCGCACCCACACUGAGCAUUAUAAGCUACCUACACAUAUACACAUGGGUACACAGACACAAAGGAAAUCUGCUGUAUCAGAAUGGCAACACCUGAGUAACAGGUGACCUAUAUGUAACUGGGCUUCCAUAUAAACAUCUAGUGAACAGGUGCGUGGAAACGUGGUCAGAUAAUCAUCCUUCAUGGCUUUGCCAGACUCAUGCCAAAGGAUUUUUAUGAUAUACAUGAUGGGACAUGCAUUCCUAAUCAUGUUCAUGUAGACCUACCGUACCCAUACGUAUUAUUACAAAAUCCUUAAUUCACCUUUUACUGGUUUACUGUUGUUGCCUUAUGUAGAAGAAAGUAGAUGGCUAUGAUGUUAAUGACACCUGACACCUGUGCCUCACCUCCAUGUAAACAAGCACAAUAUUUGUAUUUCAUGUUGCACAUGUAUAAGAUCCGUAAGUAGAUAUUUUUGCCUUAUCCGAAAUACAGUGUACUGCUAUCAUGCCAAUGACACUUUUCUCUACUGAAGGUUGAAAAGGCUAACAGAAAAUCACAGUUUCAGCAGUAACAUGAACAUGAACAUGUCAUUAUUCUAGAUCUAUUUUUGACUGCCAAAGUGUCAUUAAGCGCUAAUAAUUUAGUCCUACUCUUGCAGAAGUCUUGAUGAUUAUAUGCUGUUUGUACUGGAUAAAAACCAAUAAAAUGGUAAAUAUGUUAUGUCCUCAGUACAUACAUUUGUUUUGGUUUGUAUAAACCCCAAGAUGUUGUAAAUUACCUGAUUCUGUUCUCUAUUCCUUUACUUGCACAUGUAUUUUGUAUUAGAAAUGUCCAUUAAAUGGGCCACUGCCAGUGGAGCACACGUACUGAUGGGUUGUGUGUCAAAUCAAAGCCCAUGACCAACCAGAACAGAACGCUCUAUUUUUCUUUUUUUGCUGGGAGGUGGGGCGGGGGCAUGUUGUAAAACACAUAUUCAUAUGACUAGAGCCCUCAGGUUUUUGUAAAUAAUUAAAUUCAUAAAAAUAAUGUUAUUGCAUAAUAUUAUCAAACUUAAAACAUUAAUUAUGAAUUUCUAAUAGUGUGGAUUUGACAUGUAUGUGUAACACUCAUAUAUUUUACCUUUAUUGCUGUCCAUUUGCAAAUGUCUUGGAUAUUUGUAAAUCUGUUCUUGUUUCGUGAAAACAGAUUUUAUAUACAUUUUUACAAGAAUUUUUGUGAAAAAAUGUGAUCAUUUUAAAACAGCCCUCUUCCUUGACCCGCACACUUUUUACACUCUGACACCAAAACACUUCUGCAAAAAGUCUCCCUGUGUACUGCAUAUUUCCUGAUAUUUUUGUCCAUGUUAACAUUCAUUGAUCAUCAUCACGUAUAAUACCAAUAAUAUUAAAGCUGCCAAUCAUUCAGUUUGAUAUUGUCUCAUGAGAUAUCCAAUCAUGUUUAAUUCUGCAUAAAGAAGACUCAGCUUGACAAAACUGUAAAUGAAAUAUGAGUCAAAGCUGCAUGCAUGGAAGAUGAUACUUUUCAUAGAUACUUACAUAAUGUGUUUGUCAGGAUAUGAUUGGAGGUAAAAAUUCAAAGAUUUGAUACGUUCUAGAAAGGAGGUUGUUUGCCAUCUCUUCUGAAAAAUUUGUGUCAUUGUUAAAGUUUGCAUUUCAUUUGGGAAAUUUUUAUACUUGUAUUGUGAAUAAAAAGAUUUAAUG